AUUGGCUUCUACUUCUGCUUCUGACACCAUGGAUAACUACAACUCAUCGUGGGUUUCCUUUCAUAUCCGGGACCACCUGGAGAGCGGAGAGAUCUCCGUCCGUCACUGUGUCAUCGAAGGCGGCGAAUUCCACAACCCCGACGACCGCUCCAAAUCCCUCACGGAGGACGACAUCGACCUCGUGACCAUCCCCUCCUACGGCGUCGGCGAGAUCUGCGCCCGCGGCCGCCGCGGCAGCGAGGGCCGCCUGGACCUGUUCCACGGCGAGUCCAAGAUCUGCGAGCUCCACUGGGACAACCGCACCGGCGAGCUGGCCAACCUGGUCGAGGUGCUGGACAGUAGUGACAAGUAUAGGAUCGAGCAUGGGGGAUGGAGCCCAGAGGUCGGACCUCUGGGCCACGUCUACAUCGAUAUCUCAGAGGGCAAGAAGCAGUAGUUGUAGGGCCCCAGAUAUUCGUUGUGCAGCUGGGCUGCCCAUGGGAAGGAGUUAGUGUUUUUUCCUUUUUUUUUUCUGUCUUUUGUCGUUUGCUCGACUUUGGGUGAGUGGUUCUGGAGUGUGGGAUGCGAUGGGAUGAAUAUUCGGAG